ACAGCCGCAGACCCGGACACGUCCAUGCGCCCUUGCCUCGUUUAACCGAUUUUCGUAUUCUCUACAGGUACGAUUUUCUACGAUAAUAAAUCACCGUAGAUUCGCGAACGUAUAACAUUUAAAUGUGUGACACGUAACAACCGAAAACGUGUUGCGCGAGAUUGUUGGAAUAGAAUAUUAUUUUGAAUCAGCCGACCGCUGAACGCCGUCCGGGGUAGGUGACUAAUCGUACACGCCGGCGCUCAACGUCCGAGUUUAACACGAUGCAUUUCACCACUACGGUUUUUGUCAAUACCGUGUGCAUUAUCGCUGCACUGGGCCAUGUCGAGCCGACGGCAAUUAUUACGAGAGAUGUGCACGAAACGGAAAUGUUUUACUACGAAAUACGCCCCGAACUUUUUAACUGGACGAACGGAGCGGAUACUGGGUUUGUGUUCACGCCGUCCUUACAGAAUUACCCAGACUUGCUACAUUGGAUACAUUACAAAUUCAACAGUAAAAAUAGACACGGAUACUUGUAUGGAACACCGCCUGCAGACUCAUCGGACAGACAAAUCCUAUUGGAUAUUAUUGGACUGAACAAAAAAACAUACCAGGUCGAGACACAAGUUAUCCAAUUAAACAUUUUUGAAAGAUCUGAAUAUGCAACAAAUGAAGUCAGAUUUAAAAUUAAUAAUUUGAAUGUGGAAGACAUGUUUCAUGAAGAACGCAUACAAUACUUGCUGGAUAUAUUUAGACAAAAUUUAUGGUUGGGUAGUAAACCAAAUUUGUAUGUUACAUUUCUAGCAUCUGCUAGCGAUUUAGGACAACGAUUACCACUAGACCCAAACGACACAGAGGGUGUUAUUGUCAAUUUAGGAAGCUCAUCAAAUUUUUCAACAAUAUUAUAUGAUCUUGAGAAAGAAAUUAGUCCAUUGCAAAAAAUGAAUAAAUGUCCAAAGGAUUUCAAAAGAACAAGCGUUGAAAGAUAUUUUCGAGCUAAUGGUUUCAAUUUGGACUGGUGCAGUUUCAAACUUGUAGAGUUGACAAUCAUAAACCAGAAUCACACUAUGAAUGUUCAAGACAGAAUAUCUAGCACAAAACAUGCAGAAGAAAAUGUUUGGGAAUUAAUGGAAUCUCUGCAAUACAGUCAGUCCAUGGAUGGAGAUACAAAAUUAAGCGUUACAUUACUUAUCUUUAUGAUUUUUGUAAUUGGGAUAAUAUUUAGUAUUGGUGUUUUUAGAUGGAAUAAAAAAAAAAAGUUAUUUUUUUGAAAAAAAUAGAACAAAAAAUAAAUAAAAUUGGAAUUAUUUGAAUUUUUUUUAUUUUUUAAUAGACAUAAACUCUUAAAUAUAUAUUUAACACAUUUGAUUGUUAUAUAUUUGACACUUUCUCAGUAUGUCAAUUGUAAAUGGAUUUUAAACAUUGUCCAGAUUACAAAGAUUAAUUAUUAGACUAAAACAUUAUGAAGUUUAAAAACUUGAAUUUUCAAUGUUUUUACAAAUUAAUUGAACUUAACCCACAUAAUAUUAAUUAGUGUAGUUUAUUGUUUAAUAAUGGUAGAUUAGGUUUUUUUUGUUAUGUUCCCUAAUAAUUCUUUACAAUAAAAAUAAACAAGUUUUUCUAAAUAUAUGAACAUACUUAUGAAGUUAAGAACAAUAAAAUUUCAAAAACUAAUUAAUCAAACUAAAUAUUUAAUUUGAAACAAUAGUGCUUACAUUUUUCAAGGAAAGGUAAACAUCAAAAACGCUUUGAUAAAACUUUCUAUACAAUUUUAACUAGUAAAUAUUAAAGCACAAAAUAAAAAGAAUAAAAUAAAGAGAAAAUGGAAGUUAAAAUUAUCGUUAUACCAUUUACAAAAUAGAUUUUCAGUUGUUUAAAGAUUUAAAAUAAGAAUGAAAUAGUUUUUUUUUUUUUUACGUAAAUUAAUCAAUGGGAAG